AUGAAGUUUCCCCCCCUGUGGCGCAUCCCCCUGGCCCUCCUGGUGCUAUGUCUGACGUCUCUAGGGAGAUGCUACGUGAAUAACGACGUGAUUAAGUUUGGGGAGCAAAAUUCAUUGAAGUGCCCCCAGGGAAGCCUCUACAUCCUGCACUGCGAAGUGAAGUGCCUGAACGCGAAGAAUCGAAUCAUCCACCGAAGCUGCAUAGAUGAAGUGGAAGCCAGAUGCAUGGGUAACAGCAAGUGCAAGUACUACUUUGACUACGUAGUGAAUAGAAAAUCCCAUAAUUUGCGAAACGAGAACGAAAUAGAAGUGGAGGAAUGCGUCGAAUCGGAGAGUAACGAGAUCAAAACAUCGACUACGUGUCUCCUUAGCAACUCCUUUCUGCUAGACGAGAACUACAUUCAGUAUUUUUUUUUUCUUAAGAAUAAGAAUGAAGAACCAAUCACCUGUAAAGAUGGAAAUAUCAACGUUAAGAGUGCAAUACUUCACUCCCCUUUUUGUAAAGUUAACUUAAAGGACGUGACUGAAGUGCUGAAAAGACAAUGUGACAACAAUAAGGAGUGCGUGAUCAAUCCGUAUGUGUUGCAGAAGGAUGCCCUGAAUGAGAAGGACCAGUGCUACAUUAACAACUCCUACGUGUCCCUUAAUGUUGUCUGUACAAAGGAGGGGGAAGAACUACCAGGGGAGAGUAGCCAAAAGGAGAAACUAGAUGAUGAUCUGGAUGAGACUGAAGGAGGAAAGUAUGAAAACAGCUUGGAGAAAAAACAAAGUGGGGAAAUUGCAGACGGGGAUAGCGACCCCGAAUCGUCCAAUGCGGAGGACGAGCUGAAACAAAUAAAUGAGCAAGUAGACCUUAUAAUGAACAGCAGUGAAAGUUUCACAGACAGAGUAAAAAAAGCGAAGACGAUUCUCUUAUCUGAAAUGAACGAACAAGCAGGGAGAAAAAAUGCCAUUUUUAAAUUAUUAGGAGAAGAAUUGUCUAAAAUGGUUCAGAACAGAUAUGAUCCAGCUGAGCUGAAGGAUCUACUGGAAGAUCGAUACAAUGAAAUGAAGAGAAGUCCAGACCAGGAUCUGUAUUACAUCUACUUGUUAGAUACCCUAGACAUUAACAAAAUGGAAGGCGUAAAUGUAACAGCUCUGCAGGAUAAUCUAGCCAUUUUGCUGAACGAAGAAAUGGAAAAACUAAACCAAGUAGAAAAAACCAUAAACAGGUUAAGGAAGGUAUAUCUCUCCAUUUAUAAAAAAGCAAAGGAUAAGGAAGUGAAGGAUGUGUUCGAUGAGAACGUAGAUCCUGUCUUAACUUAUGACGACUUUGCUCACGGCAAUGGAAUAAUUUCAGCAGAUAUUUUUUUUAAAUACAAGCCGAACGUUAAGCCGCUCAUAUUUACCCAACCUAAGGAGAGCGAUACGAAAGGUGUUGCCAAAAAGGAGUACAAGGAUUUAAAUGAGAUUGACACACUUGAUGACUACGGUAGGAAGAAGGUCAUCGUCGACAUGAGAAAUGGUCUUGUGGAGACCCUGAAAAAGUUGUAUUAUGAGAAGAAUGGAAUUUUUAACAAUUUAGCUAGCUGUAUUAAGUCCUACUGUUAUAAGAACCCACUGAACCAGAACGUGCUCAGUAAUGUGCUGAAGAGUAACUUCGAGGGGCUGAAGGAGAAUAAGAUCAGCGAUCCUGUUGCGGGGAUUGUCAGGUAUCUCGAGAAGGUGAACAUUCAGGGGGAUUCCCCUGCAGGUGGUAGUUCCUCCCAAGUGGGGGUUGCUGGAUCAGAUGAUGGAUCAACUGAUGGAUCAACUGAUGGAUCCGUUGGUAGUGCCCCUCCUCUGUGGGAGAAGAACAAGCGAAUCUUGGGGAAGCUUCAUGCACUGCUACAUCUAGGCUACCAGCAGGCGUACGAAAAGGAACUCGAAAUAGAAGAGAGGACAGAAAAGUACAGCGCUCUGAAUGAGAAGGCCAAGGAGUACAACCUUCACCACCUAUUCAGCGAAAGUGACAAGGUCUUGAAAAAGGUUUCCGUACUGACAAGUGGAAAGGAAAGUGCCGAUGAGGUGUUCGGAAAUCAGGCCUCCUUCUUCGACGUAUACAAGGAGGGAGAAGCACCAACAGGAAAGAGCGACGCCACAAGCGAUAAAGACAAAGACACGUCACAAACGAAUAAUGAGGAGAUGAAAAAAAAAGAAAACGAAAAAGAGGUAAAGGGAAGCAAUUCGGAUGAGCAAGUGGUUGAUGAAAAGGAGAAGAAAAAUGAUAAGGAUGACCCCGAUGAAGGAUACGAAAGCGACAAAGAGGAUGGAAAGAACGCGCCAGAGGAAGAGGGAAAAAGUGAAGAAGCCGACGGUAUAAAUGCGGGAAGUAAAAAAGAAGGUGACACUGAUGGAGGUGACAAGGAUGGACAGUUGGAUGACGUGGGAAGCAACGACGAUGAAAAUGACGAUGAUGAGGAGGACGACGAGGAGGAAGCUGAGGAAGAAGCCGAAGAAGCAACGACCAAGGUGGUGGAUAGCGCAGCAAAGGAUGAUAAACCAGAUGAAGGCUCCAACGAUUCGACCGCCGCAGGUGAAGCCACUACUGAUGCAACCGAUGGAGAAGUGGCCGAACCGACGGGGGCAGAUCAGAAGGAUGUACCAGUUAAAGGGGAAGACAACGAAGAUGCAGGGGAUGCAACGGAUAAACCCACCGAAGAGACAGUGGUGAAAGGCGACUCAGAAGGGGCGGUGUCUCCUCCAGAUACAGAGAAAAAGGGCAACGAUGGAGGGUCCUUCUUCCAGGGCCUGAGCACAGUACUCCUAGCCGUACUGGCCAUCCUCGCCCUGGUGUUCCUCUUUUAG